UUCGCGCGAAAUUGUAAGUAGUUCCCGCCACAAGGUGGUAAGUGCAUUUGUUUAUUUUUUUUCAAGGAAAUCACUCAAUUUCUGAGCUCAAAAGACAAUGUGGAUCCAAGUCAGAAGUUUUGAUGGAAAGAAGUCACUGCGUGUAGACAACCUUUCAAAGCUGACAAAGAUCGAAGAGCUGAGAUCGCGAUUGGUCGAUGAAUUUGAGGCACCAGUUGAAAAACAGAGGUUAUUCUACAGAGGGAAGCAGUUGGAGGAUGGACAUACACUGUUUGACUACAGCGUUGGACUCAAUGACCUAGUCCAGUUAAUGGUCAGAGCUGCUCCUUUAGGGGAAAACAAGGUCCAACAAAAUCAGAUUGAAGAUGAAGACAAGAAGCCGAAUGAUGGAUACAGUAGUAGUGGGGAGGAAAGCACCUGUUCUGAUAAGGAAAACAAAGACAAAGAAAACAAACUGCCUUCAACACCUGUGAAAGAAUCGAUUAGUAGACCUGAAUUUUCAACAAAAGACGAGCACCCUAAUAGCACAUACAAGCUUGGAGAUAUCAUUGAUGCGCGGGACACAUCAGUGGGUGCCUGGUUCGAAGCUAAAAUUGUGAAGAUAUCCAAGGAUGACAAGAGUGAGCGUAAAACUGAUGGUGAGGGGAUGGAGACAGACGAUGGAGGGCGGUCGGAUCAUGAUUGCUACAUCUACAGUGUCGUGUUUGAUGGCUAUGAUGACUCUGAACCAGAAAAAUUGGAGUGCAAAGACAUCCGGCCGAGAGCCAGGAAGGUUUUGAGUCUGGGGGACAUCACGGAGGGUCAAAAAGUGAUGGCCAACUACAACGUGGAUGAUCCAGAUCUGAGGGGAUUCUGGUAUGAUUGCAUCAUCAAAGGGAAGAGGAAUACCAGGACAAUCAAAGAAUUAACAGCAACCGUGUUUAUUGGGCCAGAUCUGAUGCCGUUAGAUGACUGCAAGCUGUUGUUCGUGAAUGAGAUUUUUGAUAUUGAGAAACCUGGAACACAAGUUAAUGAAUUUGAUGAAGCGUUUGAUGCAUCAGCUUCCCCAGUCAAACGAACAAACAAGCCUGACUGUGACUUCUGUAAGGACAAUCCGAAGAAAAAGUGUAAACACUGUGCGUGCUGUGUGUGUGGGGGGAAGCACGACCCGGAUAAACAGAUCCUGUGUGACGAGUGUGACCAGGCUUACCACUUACAGUGUCUGGAUCCUCCCCUGGACAAUCUGCCCACGGAUGAUGAAUGGUAUUGUCCAAGCUGUAAAAAUGAUGAGAACGAAAUUGUGAAAGCUGGUGAAAAGUUGAAAGAAAGUAAAAAGAAAUCUAAAAUGGCCUCCUCCACUAAUCAGACCAGCAGAGAUUGGGGAAGGGGAAUGGCCUGUGUAGGAAGACAGAGAGUGUGUAAUGUUGUCCCACCAAAUCAUUUUGGUCCAAUACCAGGAGUGGAAGUCGGAACCUUAUGGAAGUUCAGAGUACAAGUCAGUGAGGCGGGUGUACACCGACCCCAUGUUGCUGGAAUCCACGGCAGAGACGGGGAGGGGGCCUACUCCAUCGUACUCUCCGGAGGCUACGAAGAUGACAAGGACAAUGGAGAUGAGUUUUAUUACACUGGAAGUGGUGGUCGAGAUUUGUCAGGAAACAAAAGAACAGCUGAACAGUCAUGUGAUCAGAAACUAACCAGAAUGAACAGGGCAUUAGCUAAGAACUGUAAUGAACCUAUCAAUGAGAAAGGGGCAGAGGCAAAAGACUGGCGGGGAGGAAAGCCCUUGAGGGUGGUUCGAAACUGUAAGGGUAGAAAGCAUUCUGACUACGCCCCUGAAGAAGGCAACAGAUAUGAUGGCAUAUACAAGGUGGUGAAGUACUGGCCAGAGAAAGGAAAGUCGGGGUUCCUGGUCUGGAGGUACCUAAUGAGACGAGAUGACCCUACCCCCGCUCCCUGGACUAAAGCUGGGGGCAAACGCAUCAAAGAGCUGGGGCUUACAAUGCAGUAUCCUGAUGGGUAUCUUGAAGCCCAAGCCAAGAAGGAGGAAGAAAAUGAGGAGAAGGAAAAAACCACAAAAAAAGGAAAGAGAAAAAGGAAAGAUUCUGAUUCCUCCCCCUCUGGGACCCCAGAGAAGAAGCAGAAGGUGGCAGCCUACAAGGUUAGGGCGGAGCAGAAGAAGAGGAUAACCCAGGACAGUGUGAACAAGAAGCUGUGGGACGAAGCCCUGGAGCAUACAUCGGAGGGGGGACAGAAAUUCCUGCAGAAAGUUGAGGAAUUGUUUACGUGUAUUUGUUGUCAAGAGAUUGUCUUCAAACCAGUCACCACUGAGUGCAGCCACAAUGUUUGCAAGUCAUGCAUAACGAGAUCCUUUAAGGCUGAUGUUUAUUGCUGUCCAUUAUGUCGCACUGACCUUGGCAAGGACUAUAAAAUGCCUGUCAACAGUACAUUGCAGGACAUCCUCAAACAGUUUUUCCCAGGAUAUGAAAGUGGCAGGUUGUGAAGGAGUUGAUAUAUAUAGUGUGUUAGCUGUGAAAAGAAAAUUUUUACUUUAGGUGUGUUGGUACUUUAUUUUUGGAAAAUCAAUUUUCUUGUACGUUGGCUAAAUUUAUCCACUCUACUGCCUUUUAUGUAUUGUCCAUAUUGUUUUAUAGACUUUAUUUUGUCAUCUCAAUAGGAUAUUGCAGUAUGUAAAAUUUGAUUAUGCAAUGACUUGAUGUAAUGAUAUCCAACAUACUUUUAUGGAAACAAAAUAUGUAAAAGCAUAAUCAUGACAAGAGAUUCUGAGGUCUAUUAGUGCUCAAAUGUCAUCAACAUUCCAAUAUCUCAUGAAAUUAUGAAAGUUUUUAAUUUUGUAUCAUUUAUAAUCUGAUCAUAUAUAAUCAAGCCUAAAACCUUGCUUAUAACAUUUUGUAUUUGUGUUUAUCUCCCCUUGCUGUCGUUGGUUGAAUGAUUUAAGGUUUCAAUGGUAGAUCUUUGCUAGCCAAGUGUUUUGGAAAUUCUCCACGUCUGGAAAACUUGGCAAAGAUAAUAGAGGUGGUGCAUUUCAAGAUUUUUAUAUGAUUUGAAUGAUUUUUUGACUCAGGAGUUAAUGCAAACCACAGUGUGCAUUUAAAAUGUCUCUGUCAUCCAUGGUACUAUUUUGUGUAAAAUUUUAGGAAACCUGCAUGUUAUUUUAUGUUAACUGUACAUAUUCUAUUUACACUGAAAGUUGCAUGUAAAUCUAGAGUAGUCAAUCUGCUGUGUCAAGUGAAAGUUUUGGGUUGGUCACAUAUCUAAGGCUUAACGUGUAGUAUUUUUAAUACUAGUCACUUCUUAGUCACUCUUGCAUAUCAAAUUGAACAGAUACUAUGCUUUGAAUCAGAGAAAUGUUGUUCUUGUUACACAAGAGUUAGUUUAAAAUGAAGUUAUGAUAGAAUGGUGUAAUCUGAACAAAUGAUAUAUGUAUAUCACAAGUUUGAAAUCUGAUGUUAUGCUUUGUGAAAAAGUCUUGUUGCUUGUUUCCAUUUAAUCCAACAUGAGCUGUAUUUCAAAUAUGUGGUUUUGAGUACACUGUCAAACAGAAACUAGUAUAGUGCAUUUCAUGUCCCAUGCAACAUGGCUACUUCAUGCUGUAAAGAAAUGUGGCAUAUUUUUAUGUAUAGAAAACUAGUAAUUCUUAGAAUUUUAAAUAAUUAGCAUUCUAUGACAUAUUAUAUGAGAGAUUUAUAAGUAGUUAAAAGUUAUUCAUGUAUAUAAUAGCAUACAUUUGUUAUCUUAAUAUAAUAUUGUAUGGUGAAAUAGAAUAAAAAUGUUAUAGCAGAAUG